UCUAUAAAUUCAAAAUAGCAAAACAGCUAAACAAAAAGGGUUGUGUUGUUUACAAUAAACAAUGAGUCAAUGACAAGUAUCCCAUAAACUUAAAACUUUUUUUCGCUAAUUAUCAAAUAUUUUGCUUAAAAGUGAAAAGUUUAAGAAAACAUAGGACAGGAAUAAAAUGAAUGGAAUGUAGUAGAAAAUAAUUUAACAAAUAAAACAGACGUAAAAAAUAACAAAUAAAACAUUGUAUAAUAUACAGUAUACUAAAUGAUUGCAAAGAUCAAAUAAAUUUAACUUUUACAAAAAUAAUAUCAUAUAUUAUGGGAAGUACAUACCGACAUAGCUAUAGGUAUAGGGUUUAAUAAUCAUAACCAAAUUUGUAAUCUCUAGCUAGACCCAUUUUAGCACAAACCAAAAGAAAAGUUUAAGAUGGUCAAAAGAAAGAUCGAGACAACAAUAAUUGCCAUUACCGAUGCAUUAAAUUUGACGCAUGUGAACUGUGAGGUGAUGUGAAUAGGAAAAGACCUCUAAUCCCGUGAUAUUGUUUUAUGACUCAAGCAUAGCAACGGAUAGAUAGAUGACAUUGUGAGCAUAAGAAAACUAUCACUUAAUUUAGUUGCAGAUUCUAACUACAUGCUCCAUUUAAUAAUCACCCUUUUGUUUAUUCCAUACUUAGUUUUAAAUUGUAGUUCAUCUAAUAUGAAACAGAAAUUAUACUUUUGUCCGAGACGUGUGAACAAGCCCCAACAACGGCCUCGUUGUCCGCCGUGUGAUAUUUGGAGGAACACAUCAUUAGAGGGCCACCUCUUAGUUAUAAACACCUCCAUAAUCACACUUUAGGAAUAAUAUGAAUUUAAUUAUAACUUAUUGAUGUACAAAUCUUCGGCACACUGCUUGCUCAUUAAGUCAUCAACUAUAUAUAUAUGGUCGUCGAGUCGAUAAUAUAUGCAUCUCUGAUCUCUCUUGAGUCUUGUGAGAGAAAAUGGGAGCUCUUGAUUCUCUCUCUGAAUACAUCUCCGACUACUUCCACGUCUCUCGAAAAAGAAGGAAGCGUAAAGUCAAGCAGACGGUGAAUAUAAAGGUGAAGAUGGACUGCGACGGCUGCGAACGCAGAGUCAAGAACGCUGUUUCCUCCAUGAAAGGGGUGGAAACGGUGGAGCUGAACAGGAAAAUACACAAAGUGACGGUGAGUGGGUACGUGGAGCCGAAGAAGGUGUUGAAGAGAGUCGAAAGAACAGGGAAAAAGGCGGAGAUGUGGCCGUAUGUUCCAUACAACGUGGUUGCAUAUCCAUAUGCAGUGGGAGUCUACGACAAGAAAGCUCCGGCCGGUUAUGUGAGGAAGUCUGAGCAGUCUCAGCCGUUGCCUGGAGCUCCAGACGACGUGAUCAUGUCUCUUUUUAGCGACGAGAACCCCAACGCUUGCACCGUUAUGUAAUAAAUAAAGUAUCAUUGUAAUAUUACUAUCCACCGCACAUAGUACUUAACGUUUUACUCCUUUUUUUGUGUGGUAAUAAUAUGCAUAGAGGAAGAAGCAAGUAGUAUUUUCAUUAUUUAUUAUUGAUCGCGUGUAUCAUUAGGGCUUUGGUUUGCCUUUUCUGUCAUCAGUAGGUUUUAGAGUUUUAUUAAAAAGAUUGGUAACUUAGAAAGUCCCUAAUGUUGUGAA